AUGACAUCACUCCUCCAUCUCCUCCCUGUGUCUAGUAUGGCUACGGUGCUGUCCAGAGCUCUGAAGCUGCCAGGGAAAAAGUCCCAUGACCUCCGGGAGUACGAUCCUCUCACACAGGCUGACAGUGAUGAGAGCGAGGACGACCUUGUUAUUAACAUCCAGCACAAUGGACUUCAGAAUGGAAAGGGCACCCAAGAUAGAGCAAAUGAAAUCGAUUCUGAUGUUGAAGAAAUUUCAAAGCGGGUUCAGCAGCGACGUGUAGAUAAUAAACAGGAUGGUUUAGCUGCUACAAGUGGGCUGGAACCACAGCUUAAGGCAACAUCUUCAUUGGUGUCUUAUGUGCGGACUACAGUAUUCCUUCUCACAGUUGUCAUCUCUAUGAUAAUGGUUCUUGUUUGUGCUUUCUUAAUCCCUUGUCCACUGAGUAGUCAGCAGAAUGUUUGGUAUGUCAACACGGGUUAUGAGCCUGAGGUGUCCCCUCCAAUGGAGUUGUUUGAUGUGAAUAAGGAUGGUGUACCUGAUAUUCUCCUGUUGUCUGUGUCACCCAGUACCAACACUUCACUUGUGGCUUUAGGACAGCAGCCCAGUAUUUCUGCUCUCUCAGGCAUUAAUGGCAGUGUGCUGUGGAAGAGAAAUUCUCAUGAGUACCUCAGGAGCAUUCAGUGUGGGCGACUGGUAUUGAAACCCCAGCAACAUGACACUUGUCUUUUAACUGGAACAUCCAAACUCCUUACUUUAAUAAGUGCAUCCACAGGGUCAACAAUUUGGACCUUGGAUAGAAGCCAUGUACAUCUUGAAACUAUGGCAGCACCUGCUGUUUUUUUGCCAGAUCUUGAUGAGGAUAAUACCAAUGACUUAUUGAUUCUGACAAUUGGACAAAACCAACCAGAUCUCGGUUUCCUCUUGGUGUCUGGUCUUACUGGGAAGCCUUUGGGUGGAAUUGUAAAAUACAACAGGAUGGGAGAAGGAAAGGUUAUAGACCCCCAGGCAUACUACACCAGCCAAGGGGCUAUUUACAUUCUUUUUGGAUUUGGGAAUAUCCAGGUAGUAGCAUUAAGAGAUAUCUAUGCACAGGCUAAAAACCGAGAUAGUUUCCCAAGUGUAUUACAGAAGAAAGAGCCUGACUGGGAGAAGAGAAGGUCUCUCAAUCUCUCUGAGUUGAUCAGUGUUUACAGUGCGGAUGUGGAAUUUCUGCAGACAAUACCAGUUUUUGGAAGCAACUGUAGUGACCUGCUUGUUACCACAAAAGAGGGACUGUUUGUUCUGAGGGGGCAAGACUUGGAGCAGAAAUGGAGCAUCGCUCUGAAGAACAUUUAUAGUAUUCCUCAGCCUGGUUACUUUAACACUGAUGGGAAUCUGGAUUUCUUUGUACAAAUUCAGAGUAGCAAUGAUCGGAAAAAGAUUGUUGUGAUUGAUGGAUCCACGGGUGCAAUACUUUGGGAAUGGGAGGUUUUGUGGCAUGAAAGAGAUGUCAAUGCUAUGUCACUUCUAACUGCAGAUGGCAAAUCAGUGUUCCUUUUCUGGGGAGGACGGCCUGCAGAAAAUACCUCAGUGUUGGAUUCAAAAUCAGAAGCACAUUUGAACAGACAUCUCUACUUGCUCUACCCAACCUACCCUGGGGUUGUUCUAGAUCUUUUCAAUAUUACGGCAAGCAUAGUUGCCACAGGUGGAGGCAUCAUAGAGCUGGAGAAGGAUGUUGUUCUUGCCAUAAUGACAGCAGAAAAGGGAGUGGACACAGAAAAGCUGCCCCGAAACUUGACAGUCCAUAAACUAGGCAUUAAAUGGGCGCUUUCUAAAAGUCAAGCACUAUCACUAGAGCAUGUGAACAUGAAACCCAAAGUAGAAGAUGUUAAAAGAAUACUUGCCAGACUAAAGUUUAGUGCCGUACCUCAAAGGAUUUUGUAAUUUUGAAGGAUCAAGACGGUCAAGAAGAACUAAUGUCUGCAUGUCAGUCAACAUGUUUCCCUACUACAUACGAUGUGUAAAGUCAUAGAUACAGAUUCAUUCUCUUAGAAAAUGUCUAAAAAAGC